GCAAACAUCCGUAACUACAAUGGAAUUUAUCAGUUGCGAAAGUGUUUGCCGCUGUUGCCUAACAAAUGCCGGUAAUUUUACAUCAAUAUUCGAAAUUUACAACGAUUACUACUUGCCCAAAGUAAUACACGCUUGUACCGGCUUGACCAUUAACCAAUCGGACGGAUUCCCGGAAGUAGUAUGUGAAACGUGCCUCAUGAAGCUCGUCACGGCCUACGAAACUCGCCGGUUGUUUAUCCGGUCGAACGGUCAACUCAAAGAGCAACUGAAUCGGUUGAAACAGUCGGAGCAAGAGAUUUUGAGUGAGCUGAACUCCACGGCUGCCAAGUGUGCGGCCAGUACCGUCGAGGACGGCGGCAGCAGCCUGUUGAAUGUUGACAGUAUUUUGGAUACAGGUCCCAUUACGACGUGGGAUAAUGAGAUCAACAUGCACAUUGAACAGCUCCAGGAUGGAACCGGGGAGUUGGCUACGAAUAUCGAGGACUGCCUAGACGAGCUAGUGAUUGAAAAGUGCGAGAAUCUAGAGAAAGGAGGGUACAGUUUUCCGGUGAGUGAACCGGUUGUUCAGAGUGCGGAGGGCUUCGAUGGGGUUAUUGGUGGGGUUGUUUGUAGUAGUCCAAGAAACGAAGAAACGACGGAGGAAGAACAGCAGGAUGGCGAGGAGUUUCCACCGUUUUCUGACUACAGUGAAAGUUCUGAAGAGGGUCAAGAAGCGGACAGUAAUGAUCGAAUGGAGACAGAACAAGAAGAAACUCAAAACUGUCCUAUCUGUGGCAAAACGUACAGGAACGCUCGAUUACUCCAGCGACACGUUCAGUACCAUAAUGCUAGUAGUAGUGAUUGUCCGAUUUGCUCAAAAAGCUUUACUCACACCAGUAAUCUUAAGCGGCACCUGAACUCACACAAACCGCCACCGGAAGGGUUUUCCUGUUCCAAGUGUACGGGUAAAUUCGAUAAAGGGGCUCAGCUUUACAAUCAUCUCAAGCUGCAUAAAGCCUCAAACGAUACGGAUUCCUAUCGAAUGCAAUGCGAUCGAUGUGAAAUGGAAACCACUUCACUGGCAGGCUUCGUAUACCACAUGUCUCAGGAGCACGGCGUGACGAAGGAUCAGGUGAAAGCCUUUCGCUGCCAUCUCUGCACUUUGCGAUUUGUUUCAAAGCAGGGAAUGGGAAGACACAUACAAAGCGUUCACCAGAAUCAGAAGCCAGUUCAAAACAACACGAAGAAAUUCCAGUGCACCGAGUGCGGCAAAUGCUUUCAACGGAUGAGACACCUGGAAGCGCAUGCCAAUUCGCACGCUGGAAUUCGACCUUACGCUUGUGGUGAAUGUGGCUUGUCAUUUUCGCAGCAAUCGGGACUUAAUUUGCAUAUUCGAGCAAAGCACAAAAACCAAAAGAAUCACGUGUGUAAGAUAUGCCGGAAAUCGUUUUCCCAAUCGACACAUCUAAAGCAUCACGAGCUGAUUCACAGCAAUAGGAAGGAACACGAAUGCACGGUUUGCAAGCAUCGAUUUCGCGUGAAGAGCAAUUUAAUGGCACAUAUGCGUAUUCAUCGACGGCAUCCCUACUGCUGCGCCGAUUGCGGGAGAGAGUUUAUGCAAAGUGCCAGGCUGGAGCAGCACAUGCUGACGGAACAUGGCGGAAAGUAAGCAAAUUAAAGGUAAAUCAGUUUAUGCUUUAUGCCAAAGAUAUUUAUUUCAUAAAAAUACCUUUAAACCUUCCCA